UAUUGUUUAAGAAAUUUAACACACUACAUAUCCUACUCGCUAUUAUGGCGUCAAGGCUGCAGUUAAGCCGUAGUCGAUUGCUGCGCCCAUCAAACCUCACGUACACACCUUCGAACCGAUUAGUGCGACCAUGUCCAUCGUUACGCAUCCUCCCUCGCGCGCGGUUACCCUCACUCUCAACGAAUAUUGCCGCCCCUCUAUCCAGCUCUAGCAUCAGAAACUAUGCUAGUGGUCGACCGCACCCUCCCGGUGGGACGCAUCGGAUGAAUCUGGGCGGCGAGCCGGAGAAGGCAGCAUUGGAACAGUAUGGCGUCGACUUGACGGCCAAAGCCAAAGCCGGCAAGUUGGACCCAGUCAUCGGAAGAGACUCAGAGAUUCAUCGGACAAUCCAAGUGCUAUCGCGGCGGACCAAGAACAAUCCUGUCCUCAUCGGUGCCGCUGGUACUGGAAAAACCGCUGUUUUGGAAGGGUUGGCGCAAAGAAUCGUGCAAGGCGAUGUUCCGGAGAGCAUCAAAGGCAAGCGCGUCAUUGCUCUUGACCUUGGAUCACUUAUUGCUGGAGCAAAAUUUAGAGGUGACUUUGAAGAACGAUUGAAGUCCGUCCUCAAAGAAGUUGAGGAAGCUCAAGGCGGCGUCAUCCUGUUCAUUGACGAACUUCACACUCUUCUCGGACUUGGGAAAGCAGAAGGAAGUAUUGAUGCGAGCAAUCUGCUGAAGCCAGCACUCUCGCGUGGCGAACUUCAAUGCUGUGGUGCCACCACCUUAAAUGAAUACCGAUUGAUUGAAAAAGACGUUGCUUUGGCAAGGCGGUUCCAGCCUAUUCAAGUCGGCGAGCCUUCUGUCGCCGCUACUAUCUCCAUUUUACGUGGUAUCAAGGACAAAUACGAGGUACACCAUGGUGUACGUAUUACGGAUGGUGCCUUGGUUGCUGCUGCAACUUAUAGCAACCGGUACAUUACCGACCGAUUCCUGCCUGACAAGGCCAUCGACCUAGUAGACGAAGCCGCGUCUGCUUUGCGUCUGCAGCAGGAGUCUAAGCCAGAUAUCAUCCGAGAGUUGGACCGUGAUAUCACCACCAUUCAAAUUGAGCUCGAAUCUCUUCGCAAAGAAACGGACAUCAGCAGUCGCGAGAGACGCGAGAAACUUGAAGAAGACCUGAAAGCUAAACGGGAGGAGUCCAGAAAAUUGACAGAAAUUUGGGAAAAGGAGAAGGCGGAAAUCGAGAGUCUCAAACGUACUAAAGAAGAGCUAGAACGCACCCGGUUUGAACUGGAGCAAGCGCAAAGAGAAGGAAACUUUGCUAAGGCAGGAGAACUACGAUACUCCAAGAUCCCAUCCCUUGAAGCAAAACUGCCAAAGGAAGGAGAUGAGCAAAAGGAUCCACAGUCAACUCUUAUCCAUGACUCGGUCACCGCUGAUGACAUUGGUGCCGUUGUUUCACGAACAACUGGUAUCCCAGUCAGCAAGCUGAUGGCUGGAGAAGUUGAGAAACUGAUACACAUGGAAGAUACCCUUCGGCAGUCUGUUCGCGGUCAGGACGAAGCGCUGUCGGCUGUCGCUAACGCAGUCCGUAUGCAAAGAGCAGGACUUAGUGGCGAAAACCGGCCGCUCGCGUCUUUCAUGUUUCUUGGUCCUACCGGUGUUGGUAAGACUGAGCUUUGCAAGAAAAUGGCCGAGUUCCUUUUCUCGACGGAGACCGCCGUUGUACGAUUCGACAUGAGCGAGUUUCAAGAGAAACAUACCAUCAGCCGCUUAAUUGGCUCUCCUGCUGGAUAUGUCGGCUACGACGACGCUGGUCAGCUCACUGAAGCUGUCAGACGGAAGCCGUAUGCCGUUCUUUUGUUUGACGAAUUCGAGAAGGCUCAUCGGGAUAUCUCCGCUCUAUUGCUUCAGGUUCUAGAUGAAGGCUUCCUCACAGACGCGCAGGGUCACAAAGUCGAUUUCCGGAAUACUCUUAUUGUUCUUACGUCUAACCUUGGCGCCGACCUUCUUAUUGGCGCUGAUCCCAUUCAUUCGUCCAAGGCCUCGACUGAUGGGGAAAUCACUCCGGAGCUUAAAAAGGCCGUCAUGGAUGUCGUUCAGCAAGCCUAUCCGCCUGAGUUUCUUAACCGCAUCGAUGAAUUCAUUGUUUUCAAGAGACUUUCACGGGAGGCUCUGAGGGAUAUUGUUGAUAUCAGAAUCAAAGAGCUUCAGUCAAGAUUGGAUGACCGGCGUAUGACCCUCCAAGUUGACGAUGAGAUCAAGGACUGGCUCUGCGAAAAGGGCUACGACCCUAAAUUCGGUGCCCGGCCGCUUAACCGCUUGAUAUCGAAAGAAAUUGGCAACCGCCUGGCCGAUAAAAUCAUCCGUGGCGAGGUCACAUCCGGACAGAUGGCUCGUGUCGCAUUCAAUGCCAAUAACGAUGGGCUUGAAGUUACAGCGGUCGCCCAGGGCGAGGAACAAGCUUAAAUUUUCUUUUUAUUUUUUGGAGUUUGGCGAACUUGGAUAUUCCCUUUUAUGGACUUGGUUUAUGAUAUCGCAUAGAUGGAUGGUCUGGGAUUGGACAUUUGCCUUAUGUACAAACUUGUAUUAAAAUUGUAUUUCUAGUUUCUCCUCUCCUGUAUAUGUACUCACGCUGAACAUCUCCCAGCUUACGAUGUUAAUAAACUUAGUUAAUACCUACCCAAAGACCCAAAGU